CAGCUGUGUGGGUCCUCCCAGCAUCAACAUAACGGAAGCACGCGUUGUAACCAGUAGUAAAGUGAAAAUGGGUCGCUCCUCCAAAGACAAGAGGGACAUUUAUUACCGUCUGGCCAAAGAAGAAGGUUGGAGAGCCAGGAGCGCCUUUAAAUUGCUCCAAAUGGACCAAGAGUUCAACUUGUUCACAGGAGUAAACAGAGCAGUGGAUCUGUGUGCAGCCCCAGGCAGCUGGAGCCAAGUCCUCAGUCGGAAACUCAGAGGUCGAGAAGAGAAGGGUGAUGCUGAAGUAAAGAUUGUUGCUGUUGAUCUCCAGGCAAUGGCUCCUUUACCUGGAGUCACUCAGAUUCAGGGAGACAUCACUAAGAUAUCAACUGCAGAGGAGAUAAUUCGUCAUUUUGAGGGUCAGCCUGCUGAUCUAGUAGUCUGCGAUGGAGCUCCUGAUGUAACUGGACUUCACGAUGUGGACGAGUACAUCCAGGCUCAACUUCUGUUGGCUGCUUUAAACAUCACAACACAUGUACUGAAACGCGGAGGAACAUUUGUUGCCAAAAUUUUCAGAGGAAAGGAUGUUACAUUGCUAUAUUCUCAGUUGAAAAUAUUCUUUAGUGGUGUAACCUGUGCAAAGCCACGCAGCAGCAGGAACUCCAGCAUUGAGGCAUUUGUUGUCUGUCAGAAUUACCAACCUCCUGAAGGCUACAUCCCAAAUAUGUCCAAUCCUUUGCUGGAUCACUCUUAUGAUGUGGACUUUAACCAGUUGGAGGGUCCAAACCGUGUCAUUGUUCCUUUCUUGGCCUGUGGUGACCUCAGUGCAUAUGACUCUGACAGAACUUACCCUCUGCAGUUGGAUGACAGUAAAGAAUACCAAUACACCCCCCCCACACAACUCCCCAUCCAGCCUCCAUACCAGCAGGCCUGCCACCUACGGAGGAACAACCUUCUGUCUAAAGAGGAUGCUCCAUCUGCCUCCAACAACAAUCCAGACUCAGAGUCUUUAUAGUUGCUCUGUUUUUAACAUUUUAUUAAUAAAGACAUGGAUGUCUUUACAUUUAUGCUAUAAUAUUCAUGUAAAUAAAAUGUAUGUAACUCAC